GGGGGGGCAGGAUUUGUAUGUUGCGAACAUGCAAAUUACCCAAAGGGAGGGUCUAUCUCGACGUGCUGAUCUUCAGUUGGGUACACAGUAGUCCUCCUAAAUGCAUCAUGCAGUAUUUCUUUUUAGAAAGUCUUAAUAACUUAUCAGUUGUUGAGCCCAUCAGGGGUAUCAAAAUAAUAAUUUACUUUUACUUAACAAAUACUGUGCGCACUGAAAAUGCACAAUCUGACCUAAAAGACACGGCUCUUGUGUGGAACGUUCCCAGUCACAUUCAUGUGUUCCGGUCAAAAAAAAAAAAACUAAACUAAAUACAAACCAAGAUGCAAACAAACGGGCGUUCUGGUGACGCAAUCGACACGUUUGCGCCCCCGCCCAAAAAACGCGCACGCGUGCUGCCUGUGUUUUCCUCGAUUAUUCAGUGCAGCAAAGCCCACGCGGGCUGUGAACGUCAAACGGAUGAAUGGACGAUGUUGUCACGCACGUUGAACGUUUUUUUCAGUGCCCUCAAGCCGACAAAGGAAAAGUAGAGUGCACUGAGCUUGCUGAGGAAGAAGCUCUUUCCAUUCAACAACGGAAGAUGCGCACUCGCGUAGAGCCUGCUUCUUAUGGAAGCAGGCCAGAGUCACUCCGCACGGAACAGUUUCCACCCUCGCGGCACUACCAUCAUCAUGCGAUUGUCGUGCCUCCAUCGCGAGAUAAAACAGUCAUGACGGGUGACUGUCUGAAAAGCGUCAAGUAUACCAUGUUAAUCCUCAAUACCUUCUUUUUUGUGGCUGGGGUAUUACUCUUGGGUGUAGGAUUGCUGGUGGAGUUGGGCACGAGAAUUGUAGGUGAACUGAUAGAGACACACCCCUUGCUCUCAAAAAUCCUCCACUUUGUGAUGGCCGUCGGAUCCUUGCUCUUCCUUCUGGGCCUCCUGGGCUGGUGCGGAGCCCUCCGUGAAAAUAGAUGUGUGCUCCUUCUCUACUUCGCGUUCAUCAGCUCCAUCUUCUUAGCACAGAUAGGUUUUGGGAUUUUUGCCAUCACACAGUGGGGAACGUUAUCUCAACAGUCGUUAAGUGCGACGUUAACCGCUAAUUAUAAACGCGGAAACAUGGACGACCGUUACACAUCGGUGUGGAGGAAAAUUAUGCAUGAUUUCAGCUGUUGUGGCGUAAGAGGCGUCGAGGAUUUUGGAGACCAGGUCCCCCUCGCCUGCUGCAGACGAGGCAACACCACGUGUGACAGAGACACAGCAUAUGCAUUGGGUUGUUUCGAAGCACUCUACAAUUCCUACACCAUUUACAUGUAUACCGCGGGAGCAUUGGUCAUUACAGUGAUGAUCGUUGAGCUCAUAACCUUGUCCAUUUCGAUGUGCCUCUUCAGGGGACUGCGGCCUAAAUAGUCUCUUGGACCCGCCCCCCCCCCCCCCCCAAGAAAAAUAAUAUGUGAGGAAUGACGAAAAUCGAGACCUGUAAAUACGUUGAAGUCAUUUCAAUUGUUUGGUUGAAUGUAAAAAAGAAAACAAAAACAAAACAAAAAAAACAAUCAAUUGUUAAAAUGGCUGUACUUCACAGCUGGACUUUUGAGGUGCUGAGUUAUGAGGUAAUACACACACUGGCCCACAACAGAAAAAGUGGGAUAUUGGAGACUAAGCUGAUUUCAAAAGGUUUUGUGUGUUUAUUGGAAAGUGUCAUUUGUGGAGCAGGUCUUGCAUAGACUGCAAAGCGGACUAGACAUGGAGCAUCAGAUGAACCCAAAGCAGAAGUGCGCUGCUGACUUUUGAAUUGAAGAACAUUUAUAUUGUAAGUAAAUUUAGCGUCACUGUUGUUGGUGUUGGUUAAUUUAUUCCAUCAACUUCAAUCAGGGAAAAAAUAAGGCAC